AACACCGUCACGUUUUGUACGCCCUCGCCCAUCGAUCGACCAUUCAAUGGCCACCGAUCGUCACCACCCGGCCCUCGCCGUCGGCGUCGGCGUCCUCCUCCUCGUUCUCUCCUCGGCCACGGCCUUCUCCACCUUCGACGAGGCCAACCCGAUCCGAUCCGUCACCGACCGGGUCAGAUCCGCCGACGCCACCGUCAUUCGCGCACUCGGCCUCUCCCGCCACGCCCUCGACUUCGCCCGCUUCGCCCACAGGUACGGGAAGAGUUACGGGUCGGCAGCGGAGAUACGGCGCCGGUUCGGGAUAUUUGUGGAGAACUUGGAGCUCAUCCGGUCCACCAACCGCCGGGGACUGCCAUAUACCCUAGCGAUCAACCGAUUCGCGGAUUGGAGCUGGGAAGAGUUCCAGGCGGGUCGACUCGGAGCCGCUCAGAACUGCUCUGCCACCGACCGCGGAAACCAUCUGUUGACUGAUGCAGUCGUCCCCGAUACGAAAGACUGGAGGGAGGUAGGGAUAGUGAGCCCAGUCAAGAAUCAAGGUCAUUGUGGAUCUUGCUGGACCUUCAGCACGACAGGGGCGCUGGAGGCAGCCUAUGCACAGGCAACUGGGAAGAACAUCUCUCUAUCAGAACAGCAGCUAGUCGACUGUGCUCGUGCCUUUAACAACUUUGGAUGCAACGGAGGCUUGCCUUCUCAAGCCUUUGAAUACAUAAAGUAUAAUGGAGGAAUUGAUACUGAAGAGUCAUAUCCGUAUUCUGCAACAAAUGGUAUCUGUAGCUUUAAACCUGAGAAUGUUGGUGUCAAAGUCACUGCCUCAGUAAACAUCACCAAGGGUGCUGAAGAUGAACUAAAGCAUGCAGUAGGUUUGGUUCGUCCAGUAAGUGUCGCAUUUCAAGUAGUUAGGGAUUUCAGAUUCUACAAGGGAGGAGUCUACACAAGUGAGACCUGUGGCAACACUGAACUGGAUGUGAAUCAUGCUGUUCUAGCUGUUGGUUAUGGCGUCGAGAAUGGCAUUCCAUAUUGGCUAAUCAAGAACUCUUGGGGCAGCGACUGGGGUCUUGAUGGCUACUUCAAGAUGGAGUUGGGAAAGAACAUGUGUGGCAUUGCAACUUGUGCUUCCUAUCCUAUAAUUGCUGUAUGAAGGUAAACAUUUUCGAUUAUUAUAUGAAUUUGAAGAAAACAUAUCUUUAUAAUAUGAAUAAAAAAGUAAAAAAAUGAUGAUGUCACUUUGAUUA